AUGGUUGCCAAUCAUCAAGACUUCGACGUGGAAGAUGUCCUCGCUCAGCUCACGACCUCAGAGAAGAUAUCCUUGAUUUCAGGAACGGACUUCUGGCACCUGGCUGGCGUACCACGCCUUGGUAUACCUGCACUCCGAACCUCUGAUGGCCCGAACGGUAUAAGAGGCACACGAUUCUUCCAAGGUGUUCCCGCAGCAUGUCUUCCUUGCGGCACUGCUCUGGGAGCGACAUGGGACGUCGACCUGAUCAAGAAGGGAGGCGAGCUCAUGGGAAGAGAAUCCAUCGCGAAAGGUGCAUCUAUCCUGCUCGGUCCCACGGUCAACAUGCAACGAGGACCACUCGGUGGCCGAGGCUUCGAAUCAUUCUCCGAGGAUCCGGUGCUUGCUGGCAAUAUGGCUGCCGCUUCCAUCAACGGCAUCCAAUCGACUGGAGUUGCUGCCACACUCAAGCACUUUGUAUGCAAUGAUCAAGAGGACAAGCGAAUGUCCAGCAACAGUAUCCUGACCGAGCGAGCCCUGCGGGAAGUCUACCUCUUGCCAUUCCAGAUCGCGCAGCGAGAUGCGAAGCCGAUGGCGUACAUGACCGCGUACAAUCUGGUCAAUGGUUUACACGCCUCCGAGAACCCCAAAUUACUCCAGGACAUUCUCCGCAAAGAAUGGGGUUUUGAUGGACUCGUGAUGUCAGACUGGUUCGGCAUCUAUUCGACCACCGAGGCCAUCAAAGCGGGCCUGGACUUGGAAAUGCCCGGACCUUCUGGACUCCGAGGAGACCAAGUUACCCGUGCAAUGGGAUGCGGCAAGGUCCUUAAGCAUCAUCUCGACGCCCGAGUCCGCGAAGUCUUGAAGCUCAUCAAGAAACUGAUCCCACUACAGAUCGAGGAGAACGCAGUAGAGACCACCAUCAACACUCCCGAGACCUCUGCCCUGCUGAGAUCCAUCGCCAGCAGUAGCAUUGUAUUGAUGAAGAACGAGAGGUCGAUUCUACCCUUCAAAAAAGAAAAGUCCGUAGCCGUGAUCGGACCCAACGCCGCCUUUGCAGCAUACUGCGGCGGCGGUUCUGCUUCUCUCGCGCCCUACUACGCGGUAACUCCCCUAGAAGGAAUCCGAGCCAAGUGCAAAGAUGCACAAUACGAGCUCGGCGCACCAGGCUGGAAGUCUCUACCACUGCUCUCCAACAUCGCCAAGACAAAAACCGGCGAGCGCGGCCUGACCAUGAAACUCUUCCUCGAGCCACACUCAGAUCCUCACCGAAAGCUGCUGGACGAAGUCAUCAUCGACAGUACCAUGAUCUCACUCUUCGACUACAAGAACCCAAAACUAGACACCUUCCUCUUCUACGGCGAUGUGGACUGCCAAAUCACUCCCGAGGAAACUCACGAGUACGAUUUCAGCUGCUCCGUCGCCGGCACCGCGAAAGUCUUCGUUGACGGCAACCUCGUCGUCGACAACAUGACCAAGCAAGUUCCCGGCGAAGCUUUCUUCGGCAUCGGCACGCGCGAGGAAAUCGGAUCCAUCCAUCUCGAAGCCGGGAGGACGUACGACGUUCACGUCGAAUUCGGUACCUUGCCGACCAUCACCUACAAGAAAGAAGGCGUCACGGCUUUCGGUGCCGGUGCUUUGAGACUCGGCUGUUACCGCAAAGUCAACAUCACCGACGAAAUCGCCCGAGCAGUCGCCCUCGCGAAACAAGUCGAGCAAGUCGUCUUGGUAGCUGGUCUGAACAGCGACUGGGAAUCCGAAGGCUACGACCGUCCACACAUGGACCUCCCGCCAGGCUCAGACGAUCUGAUCAACGCCGUACUCGCCGCGAACCCGAAUACCGCUGUGGUCAUGCAAUCUGGAACUCCCGUCACAAUGCCGUGGGCCGACAAAGCGGCCGUCAUCGUCCAGGCGUGGUACGGCGGCAACGAGACCGGCAACGCGAUCGCGGAUGUUAUCUACGGGAACACGAAUCCAUCUGGCAAAUUGAGUCUGAGCUUCCCGAAACGCAACGAAGAUAACCCGGCUUUCCUCAAUUUCACCAGCGACGACAACCGUGUGCUGUACGGCGAAGACGUCUACAUCGGCUAUCGCUUCUUCGAAAAGACGAAGAAGGAGGUUCUCUUCCCCUUCGGCCAUGGGUUGAGUUACACCACCUUUUCUCUCGGCGCACCUCAAAUCUCGUCAUUACCAGAUUUCGACGAGGUCCUUGUCUCCAUCGACGUCUCCAACACAGGCAACCUCGCGGGCGCAGAAGUCGUGCAAGUCUACGUCGCGCCAAAGAGUCCCAGCAUCGUGAGACCGGUCAAGGAGUUGAAGGGUUUUGUCAAGGUCUUUCUGGAAGCGGGAGAGACUGCGAAGGCGGAGGUGAAGCUGUCGAAGAAGUAUGCUACUAGCUUUUAUCAUGAAGGGAGGGAUGGCUGGGUCUCGGAGAAGGGAGGGUAUACGGUUUUGGUGGGAACGAGUAGUAAGAAUACGCCGAGGAGUGCGGUGUUGGAGAUCGAGGAGACGGUGUUUUGGAAGGGGUUGUGA